AUGACCGUCCAAAUGCGGCUUCAGCUUGCCGCACGCGCACUUGUCCUGGCCCUUCUUAAUGUCGCACCCAAGUUUGCGCCUCAUCUGAAACCACUCACAAUAGAUUCCUUUGUCAACAUCGGCCAGCUCCAUGCGGCAAUUCACACACUAAUGCUCGCUCUCAUCCGUCUUGUGCCUCUUCUCGCGAUGAUUGAGCAUGCGGGUGUGGGUCGUCAAUCUCUUCAACGUGGCGCGGAGGGUCUGCGCCUCCCGCCUCUUCCGUCGUCAAGCCCUCGCUGGCAUGGACACCACGAGCUGCUGAGACUGCUUAAUCUUAGCCUUCUCUGUUGA